AAAAAAAGAAAACAUUGUUAAAAGAUAAGAAAAUGACACGUGGAUUACGAAUGGAAGAAGCACCAACCACUCCCUCUUUCUCUCCGGAAGCUCCGAAGUCUUUGUAUUACGACUAAUUCACCGACGGUGAAGAAUGGCUUCCAUCUUCGUUGCGCCGCCGUCUCAACUGAAUCUUACAUCCCGCCGGAGUUUGACUCACAGAGCCGUUCUUCCUUCUUCCAUCGCCAGCAUUCAAUUUCAGUCGAACGCCUCUCCAUUUCUUUCUUUCAGCAACAGGAAGAACAUCAUUGGAUUGGAAUUAAGGCAAAGAUCUAUAGCAGCCUCAAAAUCCACAGAUGGGAAUUCCAUCGAGGAAAAUAGUUCGAGUAAAGCAAGUAGUGAUGAUGCCCAAGGUCCUCCAUUUCUUACCAUUUUGGCUGGAUUUUUUGUCUUUUCCCUUAUACUAUGGAUAUUCAGUUCUGCUGUUACCUCACUUUUAGGUCUAGUCGUCAAGCUGAUCUCAGCAAAAUAGUGUCGCAUAAUUGGAAAUGGAAUAAUUUCAUGUUUCUAGGCUUAAAUCUGUAUGGUUAUAUUUGUAGCAAAACUUACCUGUUAGCCAGUUUUAGCUUUAUUUCUAGUUAAUAGAUUUUAUUUUCAUCUUA